AUGACAGACCCGUUGUCCAUUGCCACUGGAGUCGCGGGGCUGUUAUCAUUGGGGUUGCAAGUGACCGAAUCUCUCUUCGAGUUCUACACUGCCUACAAGGGUCAAGAUGCCGAUGUGGCUCGCACUACCACAAAGGUCGAAGGCCUCCUGCUGAUAUUCCGGAGCCUCGAGGCAGCGCUGCGAGAGCGGAUAUUUCAGCCGAACGAGCAGGACAUCGUCAAGAAUAUCGAGUCGUGCAUUCAAACGUGUGAAGACGCUAUUGGAGAACUACAAGACGAGUGCACGAAACUAAGCAGAAGUUCUCCUGGUGAUAUCAAGGGGUCCCUUAAAGUCGCAGGUCGACGAGUGACCUACCCAUUUCGCCAAAGUACGCUACAGAAACUGGACGAAGACAUUGGCGAGAUACGGGAUAAUCUGUCACUGGCACUGGACGUGCUCCAGCUCAAGGAUCAAAAGAAGGCCCAAGACGACAUCGCCGACCUCAAACUGCUCCUCAGGCAUGUGAGUGCAUCACAGCUCUCAACGUCAGUCCGCGAGUGGCUCAAAGCCCCGGAUGCGAGUGUCAACCACAAUGCUGCGUGCGCGAAGCGCCACCCAGGCACCGGCAUGUGGUUCAUCAAUGGAUCAUUCUUUACCACAUGGCUGAGGCAGGAUGGAUCUUUCCUCUGGCUGAAUGGUCCGGCGGGAUGUGGCAAGUCGCUGUUAUGCGCCUCUGCCAUUCAACAUACCUUUCGUCAGAAGCACUCGAUGGUGAAUGUGGGCAUUGCUUUUUUCUACUUCACUUUUAGCGACGAUUCUAAGCAAGACGAGUCUGCAAUGCUACGGGCUCUCCUCUUCCAGCUCUCCGGUCAGCUUUCCAACGGUCCAGAACUCCUCGACCGCAUACGGACUUCGUCCACGGUUGCAACCCCUCCGACAAACUCUUUACUCGAGCACCUCCGAGAUCUGAUACGAAGAUUUCAUCAUGUUUAUAUCUUGCUGGACGCUCUGGACGAGUGUCCCCGGUACGCUCAACGGGACCGGGUCUUGAAUGCGUUGCAGGAGAUGAGAAAGUGGUCACUGCCAGGAUUGCACCUUCUAGUCACUAGCCGAGACGAACCAGACAUUCGCGAUGCACUGAACCCGGAUCAAAACCAAAUGCUGAUCAUGAAGAAUGCCGGAAUUGACCAAGAUAUCAGCGAUUUUAUCUCGAGCCAACUUGACGUCGAUCCGCAACUCCGAAGGUGGCAGCAGCAUCAUGGACGAAUCAAAAGUGCGCUCACUGAUCGGGCUCAGGGCGUGUAA